GUCUCUAUGAGUAAAAGAGGUGUGCCAUCCCUUGUAGGCCUGGUUUGGUUCCUGGAGGUGAAGGAACCAGUGUACACCGGACUGCCUGACUUGGUGUGGAUACUUGCUUUGUCAUUUAGUAGUGGUGUGUCCUCAGUUAAGUUUUUCAGCCUGUUGAAGACGUUUCUUUAUCUUUAAAAAUGAUGUUAAUUCUUUUUGCAGUGAAUUGUUUCGAGAAUUAAAUGAGAUAAUGUAAAUGAAGCACCUUUCUAGUCCCUAGCCCACAACGGUAACUGUUACUUUUUCCAUUGCUCUUUGUGGUGUUUGGCAUAAGUUACUUUCACUUAGUCCCUGCCUAUCCUCUUGGGCCGUGGGAAAUGAGGUGGGUUGGGAUCAGGUUGCGGAGAGCCUUGAUUGCUCUUCUAACAAAUUGACAUUUUAAUGUGUAGCAUAGGGAAGCUGUUGAAGGUUUAUUGAAACUAUUGAAGUUUAUUGAAAGUUUUGAAGGAAUGGACAUGGUCAUGAUCAGACAUGUGCUUUAUGAAGGCUCAUACCUAAGAUUGAUUGGAUUGAAUAAAUUUUAGAACUGUAUGAUAAAAUAAUUAUGCAUCAUAUAUGAGAGAACUUCUUUGAAGAUAUUCUUUGCAUACAUUGAAUCAUCGUAGGAUUAUACCUUCUGGAGAUGAAUAAUUCCUGAAAGAUGACACGCCCACAUUUUUAAGCAUGGCAUACAUGCAUCUCUGUCUGUGGUUAGGAGAUUGGAUUAGAUAACCUCAGUAUCUCUGUUGACACAUUACAUUAGGCAAAUUUGCUGCGAAGGACCUCUUUAAAGUGUUGAAAAGCAAAGAUGUCACCUUGAAGACUAAGGGGUGCCUGACCCAAGCCAUGGUGUUUUCAGUCGCAUCAUAUGCAUGCAAAAGCUGGGCAGUGAAUAAGGAGGACCAAAGAAGAAUUGAUGCCUUUGAAUUGUGAUGUUAGUGAGGAAUAUCGAAUAUACCAUGGACCGCCAAAAGAAUGAACAAAUCUGUCUUGGAAGAAGUACAACCAGAAUGCUCCUUAGAAGCAAGGAUGGCGAGACUGCAUCUUACAUACUUUGGACAUGGUGUCAGGAGGGACCAGUCCCUGGAGAGGGACAUCAUACUUGCUAAAGUACAGGGUUAGUACACUUGUGCAAAGAGAUCAUUGCCUCUGCAUCAUCAUAUUUGCAGGCCAGUGGUAUAAGAAUGCUAUACACAGAAUUUUUAAGGUUACGAGUUAAGGGUAGAGUUAAGGGUGGAGCCGUUUAGGCCCAGAUCUUCUCUGGGGGAACCCAGAAUAAGCUGAAAAUUUUGGGGUCACCAUGAGUAGGAAUAGACUUUAUGGCAGCUAGCACCAACAACCACAAAAAAUGUGAAAGAGAAAAACUCUUCUAGGUCCUCUCCCAUCCUUGUAAAAGUUUAGAUGGUUUUUAAGUCAGUUUGACCUCCAGGAAGCUUCUUAAUUUCUUUUGAUCUCAGUUUCCUCAUAUCAAAUGAGAAAGUUAAACUAUAUAAUUUUGAAUAUUUUGGCCCAGUCUUUGAGUAGGCCCAAACCUUGAGACUUCUCACAAUUGAAAGUACUGGGAAGGACCCAGGUUCUUUUGAAUCUCUCAGGCCCUUGCCUAAAGAGCCAGCUAGCCAUCUGAAAACCAUAGAUAAGAGUCAUUGAUAAGAUGUUACAGAGGUUUCAUUUGGAAUCAGAUUAGUACAAGGAAUUAGGCUGUUUACUUACAUUAAGUGAUGUUCAUACUUUAACGUAGUAGAAGACUGGAGAUUGCAAACUAACCAGAAAACCAAACCCCUUGCCAUCAAGUCUAUUGUGACUCAUAGUGAUCCUACAGGACAGAGUAAAACUGUCUGAUAGGGGUUCUAAGGCUGUAAGCCUUUAUGGAAGCAAACUUCCACAUCUUUCUCCCAUGGAGUGGCUGGUGGGUUCCAAAUGCCAACAUUUUGGUUAGCAGCCGAGCUCCUAACCACUGUACCACCAGGGCUUCUUUUAGAGGAGAUACUGAAGAAAAAUCGUUUUCAUUCUGUGGUACCAUAAACUACUCUGCAAUUGGUACUUCCAUUACCAACCAGAAUGGCUUUAGGAUGCAUUGAAAAUAUGGAAGAUAAAACUUUUACCUCCGCAGUAUUUGUUAGCUGGUCUCUUAGGUAACAAAAAUAAGAAAAAGAACAUGAUAUUAUAUAUAGUUGCAGAUUUAGAUGCUGAGGUCACAUUUUGUUUUUCUCAUUACUGGUGAGUCAGCUCAUGCACUGUGACUUUCUUGAUGGAUGUACUGGAAGUAGGAGGCUUUGAGUGCUCUACUUAAAAUGGAGGCAGCAACGAUGUAUCUUCCUACAGCAACUAAAAGAGUUUUUCUCAUCUUCUCAGCUAUAUGUAUAUCUACACUGCCCCUUCCAUGUGUCAUAACAAAAUGCUAAGCAUAGGAGAUUUCAAGAUUAUACAAAGUAGAAAUCAGCAAAAUAGCCCUUAAGAAUGCAACUAUUCUCUAUGCUGAUUCUCUUUGUCAGGAUAGCUUGAAAUCAGCAAGAUAAGAUCCUUAAUUUUAUGUUUUGCUAUUAGUUUGAGUUCCAGUGGUGAAAAAGUUUUCAUGGAGAGCGAUGUGGGUGUUCUGUAGAGGGAGUUGGUGCUUUACAGAGCGCCGUCAUGUAGAAAGCUACACUUUGAAAGAAUCACACUGCUUGUGACACCAGGCAUUCCUUUACUGAGGAUUACUCUUGAGGUGUGCAUCCUUUAACAUCCUUACCCUUUCUGGUAAGUUAUUGCCCUCUGCCAUGUUGCAAGGGGGAGUGGGUAUUUGUAGGUCACAGCAGCCAGAAUGGCAAAGAGAUCUGUGUAGAUUGCCUAAAUCUGAAUCCUAGACCUAUAACUUUCCAGCUGUAUUAGAAAAGCACAAAUCCCCAAUACUUUCUUCUAGAGGCCCUUCCUCUCUUGCCUAAUGUACCUACCUCCUUUCUUGUUCACAUCCUCCCAACAGACUCUGUCCCACAGAACAUGGAAGGAGCUCUCAAAGUCUGAGCUUUGUCAGCAGAAGACCCACAUUCCUGGCUUCCUCUUGGGCCUGACCAGUGAUUCUGCCAAUAUUAAAGUGAAAGAAAUACUUAUGACCAGAUGACUUAAGGAAUGCUUCUGAAAAGAACUGAAGAGUUCAAAAUUAUUACAAUAACUGAGAAUUAAGUUGGAGAAAUCGUAUUCUGAAGAUGUUGUUUGCUUUUGGUUAAAAAGAGAAAAUACAACUACGUAUAGAAGUCUUCAGCGUAUCUGCAUUUAAUACCACGUUGUAAAUAACAAUGUAAUUAGAAUUACACCAGUCUUUCUAGUGAGACUUGGAGCUUCUUGCCUCGGUGAACAUGAGUGACCCAAGGCAGUCACAAGAAGAGAAGCACAAGCUUAACAGAGCCUCUUCCAAGUUUAAAGAUCCUCCCAGAAUCAUGCAGUCUGAUGACUAUUUUGCUCGGAAAUUUAAAGCCAUUAACGGCAACAUGGGCCCUCCUACUUUAAAUGUCUCAAAUUCCAGUGAGAGUGGUGGUCCAGCUAAUGGUACCCCAGCGGUGCCCAAAAUGGGUGUGAGAGCAAGAGUUUCUGAAUGGCCUCCUAAAAAGGAUUGCUCCAAGGAGCUAGCCUGCAAGGGAUUUUGGGAAAGCCGUUCCCAAACCAGUUAUGAAAGUGUCACAUCCAUCCUGCAGAAUGGACAGAAUGAUCAGAACGAUGGUCAGCAAGAGGAACAGCUUGAUCUGGAAUUUGUGGAGGCAAAGUAUACAAUUGGCGACAUCUUUGUGCAUUCUCCUCAAAGAGGACUUCACCCCAUAAGACAGAGAAGCAAUAGUGACGUCACCAUCAGUGACAUCGAUGCUGAAGACGUCUUAGACCAAAAUGCAGUGAAUCCCAACACAGGAGCAGCCCUCCACAGGGAAUAUGGAAGCACGUCUUCAAUUGAUAGACAGGGUUUAUCUGGUGAAAACUUUUUUGCUAUGCUUAGAGGAUACCGAGUAGAAAAUUAUGACCACAAAGCGAUGGUCCCUUUUGGGAUCCCUGAGUUCUUCCCCUGUGAUCCUGCGAUCUCUCCCAGCCUUCAUGCGGCAGCACAGAUUUCUAGAGGCGAGUUUGUCCGCAUCUCAGGAUUAGACUACGUGGACAGUGCCCUCCUAAUGGGGAGAGACCGGGACAAGCCUUUCAAAUGGAGGUUAAAGUCAGAGUCGGUGGAAACAUCCCUUUUCCGAAAGCUGCGAACUGUGAAAAGUGAACACGAAACUUUCAAAUUCACAUCCGAUCUGGAGGACAGCCGUCUUGAAAGGGGUGUUCGCCCUUGGCAUUGUCAAAGAUGUUUUGCACAUUAUGAUGUUCAGAGCAUUUUGUUUAAUAUCAAUGAAGCCAUCGCCAUAAGGGCUAAUGUGGGAAAAAGGAAAAACAUCACCACUGGGGCUUCUGCAGCGUCCCAGACUCAGAUGCCAGCGGGCCAUACAGGCAACUGUGAGUCCCCUCUGGGGAGCAAGGAGGACCUCAACUCGAAAGAGAACCUGGAUGCAGAUGAGGGUGACGGGAAGAGUAACGAUCUUGUCCUGAGUUGUCCUUACUUUAGAAAUGAGACAGGAGGGGAAGGUGACAGAAGAAUUGCUCUUUCUAGGGCCAACUCAUCAUCUUUCAGUUCCGGGGAAAGCUGCUCCUUUGAAUCGUCUCUCAGCUCUCACUGUACAAAUGCAGGUGUCUCAGUUUUGGAGGUGCCAAGAGAGAACCAGCCGAUUCACAGGGAGAAGGUGAAGCGCUACAUCAUAGAGCACAUUGACCUUGGGGCCUACUAUUAUCGCAAGUUCUUCUAUGGGAAAGAGCACCAAAACUACUUUGGAAUAGAUGAAAACCUUGGCCCUGUGGCCAUAAGCAUCCGGAGAGAGAAGGUUGAAGAUGCUAAGGAGAAAGAAGGGUCCCAGUUCAACUAUCGUGUAGCUUUCAGGACCAGUGAGCUUACAACACUGAGAGGAGCAAUUUUAGAAGAUGCUGUACCCUCCACUGCUAGGCAUGGUACCGCACGAGGACUACCUCUGAAAGAAGUUCUGGAGUAUGUCAUUCCAGAGCUGAGCAUUCAGUGCCUGAGACAGGCUUUGAACUCACCCAAGGUCUCAGAGCAACUACUCAAGCUUGAUGAACAAGGGCUGAGCUUUCAGCACAAGAUCGGGAUCCUUUAUUGCAAAGCAGGCCAGAGCACAGAGGAAGAGAUGUAUAACAAUGAGACGGCGGGACCAGCUUUUGAAGAAUUCCUUGAUCUUCUGGGCCAGAGAGUACGGCUGAAAGGAUUCAGUAAAUACCGAGCUCAGCUAGACAAUAAAACUGACUCUACAGGAACGCACUCCCUCUAUACCACGUACAAAGAUUAUGAACUCAUGUUCCAUGUGUCAACUAUGUUGCCCUACAUGCCCAACAAUAGACAACAGCUCCUGAGGAAAAGGCACAUAGGAAAUGACAUCGUUACCAUUGUCUUCCAAGAGCCUGGAGCACUUCCUUUUACUCCAAAAAGCAUCCGGUCUCACUUUCAGCACGUCUUUGUCAUUGUCAAAGUGCAUAACCCAUGUACUGAAAAUGUGUGUUACAGUGUUGGAGUUUCUAGAUCGAAAGAUGUGCCACCGUUUGGUCCACCAAUUCCCAAAGGCGUGACUUUUCCAAAGUCAGCAGUAUUUCGGGACUUCCUCUUAGCCAAAGUGAUCAAUGCAGAAAAUGCAGCUCAUAAAUCGGAAAAAUUUCGGGCGAUGGCCACGCGAACGAGGCAAGAGUACUUGAAAGAUCUGGCAGAGAACUUUGUCACAACUGCCACCGUGGACACCUCUGUGAAAUUCAGUUUCAUUACACUGGGUGCAAAGAAGAAGGAAAGAGUAAAGCCAAGGAAGGAUGCACAUUUGUUUAGCAUUGGCGCGAUCAUGUGGCAUGUAAUAGCAAGGGACUUCGGCCAGUCUGCCGACAUCGAAUGUCUUCUUGGAAUUUCCAAUGAGUUCAUAAUGUUGAUUGAAAAGGAUUCCAAGAAUGUUGUAUUUAACUGCUCCUGCAGAGAUGUUAUUGGAUGGACAUCUGGAUUAAUGAGUAUCAAAGUGUUUUACGAAAGAGGAGAAUGUAUCCUUCUAUCUGCAGUGGAUAACUGUGCUGAGGACGUACGGGAAAUUGUUCAGCGAUUAGGAAUAGUGACAAGAGGCUGCGAGACUGUGGAAAUGACCUUGAGGAGGAACGGGCUGGGCCAGCUAGGCUUCCACGUGAACUUUGAAGGAAUCGUUGCAGAUGUGGAACCUUUUGGCUUUGCCUGGAAGGCUGGCCUUCGCCAAGGGAGCCGCCUCGUGGAGAUCUGCAAAGUGGCCGUAGCCACUCUGACCCACGAACAGAUGAUUGACCUGCUCCGGACCUCCGUGACUGUGAAGGUGGUCAUCAUCCAGCCUCACGAUGAUGGCUCACCCCGAAGAGGGUGCUCAGAGCUGUGCCGCAUCCCAAUGGUGGAAUACAAACUGGACAGUGAAGGCACGCCGUGUGAGUACAAGACACCCUUCAGGAGGAAUACCACCUGGCACCGGGUGCCCACCCCUGCCACUGUGCAGCCCCUCUCCAGGGCCUCCCCCGUGCCCGGCACGCCCGACCGGCUGCAGUGUCAGCAGCUUCUCCAGCAGGCACAGGCAGCCAUCCCUCGCAGCACUUCCUUCGACCGGAAGCUGCCCGAUGGCACAAGGCCAGGUCAAGAUGUUGAUCCUCCACAGACCCCUCAGUGCACUGUUAAUGACUCUGGUCAACAUUGCAGAAGUUCGCCCAGCAACCAGUCAUCCUCCAGCGACCCAGGGCCCAGCGCCGGCGGUGGCCACUGGAGACAGCAAGUGGCAUAUGAUGGGUGCCAGUCUCCUCUGCUGCUGGACCACCAGGGCUCAGGUCCUCUGGAGUGUGAAGUUGCCAGGGAGCGGGAGGACAUCAUGGAAGGAAACAGGCACCCUGAAACCAAAUGGCAUGGUCCACCUUCUAAAGUUCUGAGUUCCUAUAAAGAAAGAGCGCUGCAGAAAGAUGGAAGUUGCAAAGAUUCCCCCAAUAAGCUUUCUCAUAUUGGAGAUAAAAGUUGCUCGAGUCAUUCCAGCAGCAAUACACUCUCCAGUAACACCUCCAGCAACAGCGAUGAUAAGCACUUUGGAUCUGGAGACCUGAUGGACCCGGAACUGCUCGGAUUAACCUACAUCAAAGGGGCCUCCACGGACAGUGGCAUUGACACGACCCCGUGCAUGCCCACAUCCAUCCUUGGCCCACUGCACCUGACAGGCAGCAGGUCCAUGAUCCACAGCCGGGCAGAGCAGUGGGCUGACGCUGCCGACAUCUCUGGGCCUGACGACGAGCCAGUGAAGAUGUAUGCGGUUCACGGUUACGCCUCCGCCAUUUCCAUCAGCAAUACUGCCGAAGGCAGCAUGGGCGACCUCAGCGAGGUAUCCUCUCAUUCCAGUGGUUCACACCGUUCAGGAAGCCCUUCAACUCACUGUUCCAAAAAUAGUGGGUCUCUGGAUACAUCCAAGGUCUACAUUGUGUCUCACAGUAGCAGUCAACAGGCUCCCGGGUCAGUGUCCAAGCCCUACCACAGACAAGGAGCAGUGAGCAAGUAUGUCAUCGGCUGGAAGAAGUCAGAGGGCAGCCCACCACCUGAGGAGCCCGAGGUGACCGAGUGCCAGGGAAUGUAUAGUGAAAUGGAUACCAUGUCCACAGCAAGCCAGCAUCAGACGGUGGCAGGAGAGGCCAUUUCAGAAACUCCACAUGUUCUGACAAAAGAAGAUUUUCUGAAAUUGAUGCUUCCUGACAGCCCCUUAGUGGAGGAGGGGAGAAGAAAGUUUUCGUUUUAUGGGAACCUGUCUCCAAGAAGGUCGCUGUAUCGCACACUCUCUGAUGAGAGCAUCUGCAGUAAUCGGAGAGGGUCUUCCUUCGGCAGUUCUCGAAGUUCCAUACUUGACCAAGCCCUGCCCAACGACAUUCUCUUCAGCACAACCCCGCCCUACCACAGCACCCUGCCUCCCCGGACCCAGCCUGUGCCCAGCAUGGGGAGCCUGAGAAAUGAGUUCUGGUUCUCCGAUGGGUCCUUAUCAGAUAAGUCCAAGUGCACAGACCCUGGCCUGAUGCCCCUCCCAGACACGGCCACAGGGUUGGAUUGGUCUCACCUUGUGGAUGCUGCACGGGCAUUUGAAGACCAGAGAGUGGCCUCCUUCUGUACCUUGACAGACAUGCAGCACAUGCAGAACUUGGAAGGGGCUCAGGAACUACCCUUAUGUAUGGACCCCAGUAAUGGGAAGGAUUUCUUGGACACCACUGGGGAGCGAUCGCCAUCAACACUGACUGGCAAAGUCAAUCAGCUGGAGUUAAUUCUCCGCCAACUGCAGACUGACCUUCGGAAGGAGAAGCAGGACAAGGCGGUCCUUCAGGCUGAAGUUCAGCACUUGAGACAAGAUAACAUGCGGCUGCAGGAGGAGUCCCAGACGGCCACAGCUCAGCUGCGGAAAUUCACAGAAUGGUUUUUCAGCACCAUUGACAAAAAACCCUAACCAGUUCAUACCCCACCAAGGGACCACUAUGAGUAUGCCCGCGGUCCCUGCGAAGUCGCAAAAAUGUGGUUUCUAACUAUGCUUUCAAUCAGUCGUAGUGUUUUUGCUCUUCCGCUCUGUCCAGCACCAUGCAUCCCAGCAAGUUCUGGAGCCUCGAUUCCUUCUUGGUGGCCCCUUGUGAAGGCAGAGAACAAGGCUGAUGUGAAGAUGAAUACAACUCCUAGUGUACAGACGAAUGUAACCCUGCGUCGGCGUGGACCUUUUCCUUUUAGAGUUUACUGAAAUGGUGCGCUGGCUGGGGUUUACCUCAAGAGGGAACGUAGUUGGGUUUUAUUUCCUAUGUAUCAGGUGACCUGGUAGAGAUGUUAAAGCAAUUGACCAUAGUUUGGGCUUUAGUAUUGUAAAAUAAGCAUAAAAGCAAAUAAUCAGACAUAUACUUUAAUGUUAAAGGUGCUCUAUUUUUUUGUAUGUACAGUAGUUUUAUUCCCACAGCCACAUUACCAUAGCAAUAAGGAUGGAGGCGGAAUGAAUAGUUGGAAAACUGUUGGGGGAAAGAAAAAAAAAAGCACUGAUAGGGUUAGCUCUAGUCUGAAUGCAGUUACUUUAAAAGUUACUUUAGAGACUUAUUUAUUUGCAGGAACAAAUGGUGCCUGAAUAUUAAUAGUGUUCUGAUUAAAAAAAAAAAAAAGAUACAUAUGCCUUGUAAACGGCUCACUGAGUAGUCACUUCGGCUCUUCGUUCACUUUUGUAUAGUUAACGCUGUGCUGAAAAAAGCGUGAAUCUGCUUAAUUACUAGAACUUUCCUGUGUGCCGUGAGCCAGCUGGAUCACUUGUACAAUGCCAAAUUUGUUUAUCUUUGUACAGAAGCUUUGAUGAAGUGUCUUGUAUUUAACACCCUUAUUUAAGCUUAUUUAACCUUAAAUUGUUAAUUUUAUAAAAUUUGGUUUUAUCUGCACUAUGAUGAGGAAGGUAGAUAGCAGCAAGCUCAGAAGAGGCUUGGCUUGCCAGGAAUUGACUGAGAAGUGGGGCGGGGAAAUUCUAACAACUGGAUGCUGCUAGGUCACAAGUUGUUUGUAUUGCUUUACCAUUUUUAACUGUUAUAUUUGAGAUGAACAUACAUUUUGCUUUUUUAAUAAAUGUUUAAAAGAAGUCCACAUAAGUAAUGGUGUUAUCAGGUGAAUAUAGAUUCUUAGGGUCUAAGAAUGUAAGCAGUCAAUAUACAUGAAUUUCUUUCAGGUCAUUUAUGAUCUUGAUCUGUAUUAAAUACUGUUUAGCCACCUUCUUAUAGAAUCCCAGACUGAUUUGAAGUGAAGAGUAACUUGUAUAUAUUCAUACCUGCUAGGUACCAGGCAGUAUUCUCUUUUCAUUAAUCUCAUGUAAUCUUAACAGUAUCCUUAAUAGGUAGCUGGUGGGAUCCCAUAUUACAAAUGAGUAAACUGAGGCUCAGUUUAAGUAAUUUACUCAAGGUUGCCCUUUAAAAAAAAAAAUCAUCUUAUUCAAUGAAGAAUUUGGUGUCUUUUACAAUAAAUAAUAGGUAGGGCUGCAAUAAAAUAGUAAGGACUUGAAAAUAAUCAGGAAGGGGUCACUGUAAAUUUGAAUCAGAUGUAAGACAGAAAGGAGACACUGAGCAUAAACCAAAGUGGAGAGGGAAACACAGUAACGCAUAAUCCUUGAGAGCAGAAACCAUAUCUGGAAUUCCCAGGAAGCAAAGUGUUUCCUAGAGUUUUCCCUAAAAGGAAUUGCUCACAUUUGAACAACAUCCUUAACAUUCCUCUAGCAAACAUAAACAUAGGUGUCAUAGCAUGGGGCCGCCUUCUCUGAAAGAUGCAGGCACGCCUCCAGCGUGCCCCCAGUGAUGCAACUUUUCAGAGUCAGGAUAUUAUAGGUCUCUCCUUUUCACUCCUUUCUGUCUGCCAGACACUGGGCUAGGAACACAGCAUCCAGAAAUGAUCUAGACCCACCAGGCCCUGUCUCCACAGAACUCACAGUCUGAUAUUGGAAGACGAACAGAAGGUCUCUUCAAAAUGUGAAACAAAGAAUGCUUGGGGUGGGCUCCCUUAAAUAAUCAUUACGGUAGCCACAUUUUUUGAAUAGUUACUGUGUGCCAGGCACUGCUCUUAGCCCUUUAUCUACAUAGCAACCCUAUAAGGUAGGUACUCUAAUCAAUCCCUUUUUAAACAUGAGGAAUUGAGACUUGGACAGGGUGGUCAGGGGGACCUCCAUGAGCAGAUGACUUUUGAAGGUAGAGAACAAGCCAUGAGAAGGUGGGAAAGUGUUCCAGGUAAAGUGAACACAGAGUUCAAAGGCCCCGGGGCUCAUCAUACUCAAGGAAUCUGGGAAAUCGGGAUGUACUGAAAAUGGGUACCAGAGGGGAAAGUGAUAAGAGUGAGUAUGAAGAGACAGGCAAAAACCAGAUUGUUAAGGAAUUGUAGUCCAUGAUAGUGCUUGGGUUUUGUUCUAAGCUUCAAGGGGAAGAUGAAGCAGGAUAGUAGCAUAAUAUCUAUUUUUUCAAAGGGUUAUCCAGACUUUUAAAGGAGAAUGGAUUGUAUAGGACAGGACUCUGCAAACUUUCUACAAAGGGCAGAGUAAAUAUUUUAGGCUUUUGGAGUCACCUACUGUCGCUGUUGCAUAUUCUUUUUUUUUUUUUUAAACCCAUUGUCAUCGAGUCGAUCCUGACUCAUAGCGACCAUAUAGGACAGAGUAGAACUGCCCCAUAGGGUUUCCAAGGCUGUAAUCUUUACAGAAGCAGACUGCCACAUCUUUCUUCUGCAGAACAGCUGGUGGGUGCAAACCGCCAAUCUUUUGGUUAGCAAUCCAUCUCUUAACCCCUGUACCACCAAGGCUCCUUUACUUUUAUUUACUACCCUUUAAAUAUGGAAAAUCCAUUCUUAGUUCAAACAUCCAUUAAUAAUCGGAACCUGGAAUGUACAAAGUAUGAAUCUAGGAAAAUUAGAAAUCAUCAAAAAUGAAAUGGAACACGUAAACAUCGAUAUCCUAGGCAUUAGUGAACUGAUAUGGACUGGUAUGGGCCAUUUUGAAUCGGACAAUCAUAUAAUCUACUAUGUUGGGAAUGACAACUUGAAGAGGAAUGGUGUUGCAUUCAUCAUCAAAAAGAACAUUUCAAGAUCUAUCCUGAAGUACAAUGCUGUUAAUGAUAGGAUAAUAUCCAUACGCCUACAAAGAAGACCAGUUAAAACAACUAUUAUCCAAAUAUAUGCACCAACCACUAGCGCCAAAGAUGAAGAAAUAGAGAACUUUUAUCAGCUGCUGUUCUUUGCAGUCUGAAAUUGAUCGAACAUGCAAUCAAGAUGCAUUGAUAAUUACUGGUGAUUUUAAUGCGAAAGUUGGAAACAAAGGAGAAGGAUAAGUAGCUGGAAAAUAUGGCCUUGGUGAUAGAAACAAUGCCGGAGAUCAAGUGAUAGAAUUUUGCAAGACCAACGACUUCUUCAUUGCAAAUAUUUUUUUUCACCAACAUAAACAGUGACUAUACACAUGGACCUCGCCAGAUGGAACACACAGAAAUCAAAUUGACUACAUCUGUGGAAAGAGACAAUGGAAAAGCUCAAUAUCAUCAGUCAGAACAAGGCCAGGGGCCAACUGUAAAACAGACCAUCAGUUGCUCAUAUGCAAGUUCAAGCUGAAACUGAAGAAAAUCAGAGCAAGUCCACAAGAGCCAAAAUAUGACCUUGAGUAUAUCCCACCUGAAUUUAGAGACCAUCUCAAGAACAGAUUUGAUGCAUUGAACACUAGUGACCGAAGACCAGACGAGUUGUGGAAUGACAUCAAGGACAUCAUCCAUGAAGAAAGCAAGAGGUCAGUGAAAAGACAGGAAAGAAAGAAAAGACCAAGAUGGAUGUCGGAGGAGACUCUGAAACUUGCUGUCGAACGUUGAGCAGCUAAAGCAAAAGGAAGAAUUGAUGAAGUAAAAGAACUGAACAGAAGAUGUCAAAGGGCAGCUUGAGAAGACAAAGUAAAGUAUUAUAAUGACACGUGCUAAGAGCUGGAAAUGGAAAACCAAAAGGGAAGAACACACUCGGUGUUUCUCAAGCUGAAAGACCUGAAGAAAAAAUUCAAGCCUCGAGUUGCAAUAGUGAAGGGUUCUAUGGGGAAAAUAGUAAAUGAUGCAGGAAGCAUCAAAAGAAGAUGGAAGGAAUACACAGAGUCAUUAUACCAAAAAGAAUUAGUUGAUGUUCAACCAUUUCAAGAGGUAGCAUAUGAUCAGGAACCGAUGGUACUGAAGGAAGAAGUCCAAGCUGCUCUGAAGGCAUUGGCCAAAAGCAAGGCUCCAGGAAUUGAUGGAAUAUCAAUUGAGAUGUUUCAACAAACAGAUGCAGCGCUGGAGGUGCUCAUUCGUCUGUGCCAAGAAAUGUGGAAGACAGCUUCCUGGCCAACUGACUGGAAGAGAUCCGUAUUUAUGCCUGUUCCCAAGAAAGGUGAUCCAACCAAAUGUGGAAAUUAUAGAACAAUAUCAUUAAUAUCACACGCAAGCAAAAUUUUGCUGAUGAUCAUUCAAAAAUGGCUGCAGCAGUAUAUCGACAGGGAACUGCCAGAAAUUCAGGCCAGUUUCAGAAGAGGAUGUGAAACCAGGGAUAUCAUUGCUGAUGUCAGAUGGAUCCUGGCUGAAACCGGAGAAUACCAGAAGGAUGUUUGCCUGUGUUUUAUUGACUAUGCAAAGGCAUUUGACUGUGUGGAUCAUAACAAACUAUGGAUAACAUUGCGAAGAAUGGGAAUUUCAGAACACUUAAUUGUGCUCCUGAAGAAUCUUUACAUAGAUCAAGAGGCAGUUGUUCAGACAGAACAAGGAGAUACUGAUUGGUUUAAAGUCAGGAAAGGUGUGUGUCAGGGUUGUAUUCUUUCGUCAUACCUAUUCAAUCUGUAUACUGAGAAAAUAAUAUGAGAAGCUAGACUAUCUGAAGAAGAAUGGGGCAUCAGGAUUGGAGGCAGACUCAUGAACAACCUGCGUUAUGCAGAUGACACAGCCUUGCUUGCUGAAAGUGAAAAGCACUUGAAGCACUUACUAAUGAAGAUCAAAGACCACAGCCUUCAGUGUAGAUUGCACCUCAACAUAAAACAAAAAUCCUCACAACUGGCCCAAUGAGCAACAUCGUGAUAAACAGAAGAUUGAAGUUGUCAAGGAUUUCACUUUACUCGGAUCCACAAUCAACAGCCAUGGAAGCAGCAGUCAAGAAAUCAAAAGACACGUUGCAUUGGGUAAAUCUGCUGCAAAGGACCUCUUUAAAGUGUUGAAGCACAAAGGUGUCACCUUGAAGACUAAGGUGCGCCUGACCCAAGCCAUGGUAUUUGCAAUCGCAUCAUAUGCAUGUGAAAGCUGGACAAUGAAUAAGGAAGACUGAAGAAGAAUUGAUGCUUUGAAUUGUGGCGUUGGCGAAGAAAGGAGAACGAACAAAUCUGUCUUGGAAGAAGUACAACCAGAAUGCUCCUUAGAAGCAGGGAUGGCGAGACUGCGUCUUACAUACUUUGGACAUUUUGUCAGGAGGGAUCAGUCUCUGGAGAAGGACAUGCUUGGCAAAGUACAGGGUCAGCGGAAAAGAGGAAGACCCUCAGCAAGGUGGAUUGCCACAGUGGCUGCAACAAUGGGCUCAAGCAUAACAACGAUGUAAGGAUGGCGCAGGACUGGGCAGUGUUUUGCUCUGUUGUGCAUAGGGUCGCUGUGAGUUGGAACCGACUCAACGGCACCUAACAACAACAACCUAACAACAUUCUUAGCUUGCAGGUUGCACAAAAACAGGCUACUAGCAUGGUUUGCCAAGCCCUGGCAUAAGGGAAGGAGCAGUCUAGGUGAGCGAAGGUGCUGGUACAGGCCCUGGCAAGGCAGCAAAUAUGGGGAGAAAUAAAUGGAUCAUUCUUGGGAACAUGUUUUGGAGGGAGAGCCCACAGAAUUGGCCAUGUGUUAGAUAUAGGGGGGAUAGUUUUGAUCCAGGGCUAAGACCUAAACUUCAGAAGAAGGGACGGACUGCAUGUUCCUCAGACACUUUUCCAUAAAUAUGUCUCGCUUUUAAUAAAAGCGUAAGAGCAGACCUUCCAUUUCCUGGCGAGGGCCUGGAGUGCAGUGCCUCUGCAUUGCUGAUCAUGGGAGGAGGUAUUUGCUUUAGAGAACGGCUAAGCUGAUGAAAAGAGAAAGUGAGGGAAUCUGACCCAAACUUAGCUGAAUGGAAAGCCAUCCCAUCUUCCUAAGGCGCAGCUCUGGAUAAGACCAGAAGGUAUUUCUGGAAGAAACGGUUCUCAGUCUAUACUAGCAAAAGAAUGAAUCAGUUAUCAAGUCCGCCUCCAAAGGGCUAUGCCAAAGAAUAUGGCCAAAAUGCUUUUGGCCUGUAAAGCAUUUUUGAAACAGAUGUUUCCAGUCAACACCAAGCCAUAGAAAAAUCGCAGUCACGCUCCCAUAGUCCAUGUGGUUUUAAGCAAUUUGGCAUCAUGGUAAACUCUGUUAGCUAUAAAAUGUACUGCUUAACAAGAAAACACAUGACUUGCUAUAUGGACUUACUGAGUACAAACUAAUUAAAUAUUGGAAUAUAUCUGCUAAAUAUAAUUAUUUUCACUUAAAAUAAUUAAUAUCAAGCAGCUUUUUUUUUUCCCUAACCAUAUGGAGUGAUCUUUCAUGUAUUAAGACCAUUCUAGUAUGUGACAUUAAAGUUAAUUAGCAUAUUAAAGGCUUUUAUCCUGCUAUUCUCUGUAACAGCAGGUUUAUCACUAAAAAUAUAAGUUCCAAAGAAGGGUGGGUGGCACAUAGCACAGCAGUCCUGUUACUGCUCACAAUUUUUUUGGAAAUGUCAGGAGCCUGUGGGCCUGCUGUCCAGGAAAAACACAGAUUUUGAUUAUAAUCAUUACCCAGGAGUCUUUAUCCAAGGCAAGAAACCAUAAACCACAGCUUGUCUGCAGAGCCAAAAAUCAAAGGGGAGUCUGUAAAAAGGGUAAGUAUAAUGUUCCUGACCAGCUUCUUAACAAAGAACCAUAACUGGUCAAUAGUGUAGUACAUGAAUGUUAAAUCCACUUGCUCCCAGUGUGGAAUACCAGUCUGAGAAGCCCAGACCUGCGGUUUAGGGCGAGGUCGGGCAUAAAAUUUAGACCAACUCGAGGAUUUUCUAGUGUGGGAAAAGCUGUGAAUGUCACCUCUGACAGAGAAACCCUACUCUCAUUUCCAGCCAGACGGAAGGCAUGUCUUUAGGAACAAACGGCCAUCUCUGCCGCUGUGCCACCUUACCAACAGAUGCAUCGGUUCCAACGGUCCUAAGAGAUAAAGGCCCACUACUUUGAGGUUUAAGCUCUAAAACUUGUUGCCGUUGAGUCAAUUCCUACUCAUAGCGACCCUACAGGACAGAGUAGAAUGGCCCCAUAGGGUUUCCAAGGCUAUAAAUCUUUACAGAAGCAGAUUGCCACAUCUUUCUCCUGCGGAACAGCUUGUGGGUUCAAACUGUGAACCUUCCAGUUAGCAGCCAAGGGCUUAACCAUUGCACCAUUAUGAAAUAGCCUCAGAGCCUCAGAAAUUCCAGCAUUAUUUUAAGCCAGUACUUGCCCUUCAGAAUUCCCAAGUUGGGGGUUGGGGGUUGGGGGAUAGGAGGAAGGGAUAAAUAUUUCUACAGACACAGAGAUCAGGAGGGAUCAGUGCCUGGAGAAGGGCAUCAGGCUUGGUAAAGUAGAGGGUCAGCAAAAAAGAAGAAUACCCUCAACGAGAUGGAUUGACACAGUGGCUGCAACAGUGAGCUCAAGCAUAGCAGUGAUUAUGCGGAUGGCACAGGACCAGGCAGUGUUUUAUUCUGUUGUACAUAGGAUUGUCGCUAUGAAUCAGAAUUGACUCAACGACACCUAACAACAAAAACAACACAGACACUUUGUUGCUUUGAAUUACUGGUUGGUUAAGAAACAAGGUCCAAUUCAUUUGAGUAUGCUUUUGGAUUUUCUGCUUGCAAAUUAAAACCAUGUCCUUAAUUCUAGUGUACGCAGGUCAGGCAUACUGCUCACUUCAGAAAGAAAGUAGAUAGAGUUGAAUGGAUUUGAUUCAACACCUGUUUAGAGGCAGGUGGGAGGUAGGUGUAUUUAUGUUCCACAGCAGGGGAAGUGGUGAUAGACCUGCCAAAGACCGAGGACGACAUUACGUUUCUGACCUCCGACCUCCAAAUGAACCCAGAGGCCAAGCUUCCUGACUGUCAAAAAUAGGCAUUAGGCACAAACUUAAGCGCAAAGAAAAUUGUCUUCUCAUGAAUUUUAUAGAAGGUUUAAAUGGGCAUCACCCCCCAAAGGCCACAUUCUUGCAUGUUAACACACAAGGUUUAGGAAAUUUAAAAAAAAAAAAAAAGAAAUUUUAAGUUACUUAAAAAAUGAAAUCCCACAAGACCCCCACCCAAGUUAUUAAAAAUAACAGCAACGAAGCUUCCAAAUGCUGCGAGCUCCCCUUCUCUCCCCCGAGUUUAUUUUAAUACCAGAAAAUGGACAGCCCUUUUAAAUCCUCAAAGUCAAAGUUUUGAUACAAACAUAAGCAUCUGUGGACUCUGAAAACGUACUGAGGUCUGUUUUCCAUCCCUAGUAUCAGGGACCUGCCUAAAAUUUGCAGAGCUGCCUGAUUUUUCUUAAAACAAAUAAAAA